AUGAAGUUCUUUAGUUGGAUGCAAAAUAAACUUGGUGGAAAACAAGAGAAUGGAAAAUCAAACACAUCUACAUCUACUUCAUAUCAUGCAAAACAAGAGCCUAGAGAAGAAUUCAGGGAUUGGCCUCAUAGUUUGCUAGCAAUUGGAACAUUUGGGAACAAAGAUGAAAUCAAACAACAAGAGGACGAUCCGUCGUCGUCAUCGGAGGAAAUACCAGACUUCACUCCGGAAGAAAUUGGGAAACUGCAAAAGGAGUUAACGAAACUCCUAAGACGGAAACCGAAUGUCGAAAAGGAGAUUUCCGAGCUUCCUCUUGACAGAUUUCUUAACUGUCCUUCAAGUUUGGAGGUUGAUAGGAGAAUCAGCAAUGCACUUUGCAGUGAGUUAUCUGAUGAUCACAAAGAUGAAGAUAUUGAGAAAACACUUAGUGUCAUACUUGAUAAAUGCAAAGACAUUUGUGCGGAGAAAACCAAGAAAUCGAUUGGAAAGAAAUCUAUUUCUUUUUUGAUGAAGAAGAUGUUUGUUUGUAGAAGUGGAUUUGAUCCAACUCCAAGUCUAAGAGAUUCUCUUCAAGAAUCCAAAAUGGAAAAGCUUUUAAGGACAAUGCUUCACAAGAAACUUCAAACACAAAAUUCUUCUCGCGCAUCGGUGUUAAAGAAUCGCAUCGAGGACAAAAGGACUAUAACGAAGAGAAAUAUCGAUGAUGAAGAACCAGAGGAGAGAUCUGAUGAAGGAAGCAAAUGGGUCAAAACCGAUUCUGAAUAUAUUGUUCUAGAAAUAUAA